CUCAUUUUCAGCCCACGGACUUCCCGCUUCUCGCGUGUCAAUCUCCCCCCAACGAAACAAAAAGGAAGAAAGAACUUGUAACUUUCAAAAUAUAUUUUUCCCAAUCUUGUAAUUCCUUCAGAUCUUCUUCUCCAUUCUUUUCUUCAACCAGCGCCUCUGCCCUGGCUUUCAGAUCUCUUCUUUUAGCAGACUGCAUUACCUCCUUAAAUUCUCACAACCUACAACCUUGUUUUGAUGAGCUAGAUCCCAAACUUGACUUGCUGGCAUUAUGGAAAAGGAAAACUCAACUGAGAAAAGUAGAGCAAAUUCUCAAACUGCUGAAGAGAGAGAACUUGUUGCUCAGAAGGAAGAUCAAGGGGAACCAUUAAAGGAAAUGAAAUCUCUAAAUGUCAGUGAGGAUGGUCCUAAGUUAAACAAUGAUAGUCAGCAAGAAAAGAUGGACGAGGGUAAGGUUUUGCAGUCCAAAUCUCAAGAACAAAAGUUGGAAAAUGAUAUUUGCCAAGCUGACUUUGGUGGCAAGAUGAAUGAAAGCACGGAUUUAGGUGACAAGAUGGAUCAGAAUAGGGAUUUGGAUUCUAAAGCUCAAGAGGCUACAGAUCAAACAACGGAGGAGGAUUUUAGUGAGGAGAAGGAACAGGAGCCUGUCUUUGAUGGAACUGAGGUUCCUGAGAUGGAAGCUAGCCGGAGCACAUCUACUCGUUCAAUGGAUCUUGAUCCAGAGACACAGGGUGUAGUCGAGAAAGCAGUGGCACUUAAAAACUUUGUUAAGGAGAAGAGUGCAGUUGCAGUGUCCAGUGUUCUGCGUCGCCUUUCUGGAAAAAAAGAUGAAGAGGGCCCUGAUGUUCCUGAUGAAGAAAAUAAGGAUGUACUUGAUUCCACUGAAAACAGUGAUGGAAAAGAAGUCCCUGAGAAAACAAUGGAGAGAUCUGCAUGGAAUCCUUUAAGCUAUAUUGUGCAUGACGCUGAUGCAGACAACAAAGCUGGGCAGAGGGUGGAAGUCAUCGAAGGAUCAGCACAACCUAUAGCCAUGAAAGGAAGAAUUAUAUUGUACACAAGGUUAGGAUGCCCAGAUUGCAAAGAGGCUAGGUUAUUCUUGUACUGGAAAAGGCUCAGGUAUGUUGAAAUUAACAUUGAUAUUUAUCCCAGUAGAAAGCUGGAGCUAGAGAAGAUUUCUGGGUCUUCUGCUGUUCCGAAGGUGUUCUUCAAUGAAAUCCUUAUCGGUGGCUUGAGUGAACUAAAGUCCUUGAAUGAAUCUGGAAAGAUUGAUGACAAGAUUGAUUAUCUGAUUAAUGAAGCACCAUCAUUUGAAGCUCCUUUACCGCCUCUUUCUGGUGAAGAUGACCUCUCCAGUAGUGGGGCUAUUGAUGAACUAGCUUUAAUUGUUCGAAAAAUGAAAGAAUCUGUUAUUGUUAAGGACCGAUUUUAUAAAAUGCGAAGGUUCACCAGCUGUUUCCUAGGUUCAGAAGCUGUGGAUUUCUUAUCAGAAGAUCAAUAUUUGGAAAGGGAAGAGGCUAUCGAAUUUGGACGAAAGCUUGCUAGCAAUCUCUUUUUUCAACACAUUCUUGACGAAAAUCUGUUUGAGGAUGGUAACCAUUUGUAUCGCUUCUUGGAUGAUGAUCCUACUGUGUUAUCUCAAUGUCACAACAUCCCAAGGGGUAUAAUUGAUGUGAAGCCAAAGCCUAUUGUAGAAAUUGCAUCAAGGCUGAGAUUUUUGUUUUAUGGAAUUCUUGAAGCCUACACAUCAAAAGAUGGAAAGCAUGUGGAUUACAGAAGUAUUCACGGAAGUGAGGAAUUUGCAAGGUAUUUGAGAAUAGUUGAGGAGCUCCAAAGAGUGGAAAUCCAGGAUAUGGCAAGGGAGGAGAAACUUGCUUUCUUUAUAAAUCUCUAUAAUAUGAUGGCCAUCCACGCAAUAUUGGAGUUGGGUUAUCCAGCUGGGCCGCUAGAACGCAGGAAGUUGUUCGGAGACUUCAAGUAUGUUGUUGGUGGUUCCACCUACUCACUUUCAGCUAUUCAAAAUGGCAUUUUAAGGGGCAACCAGCGACCACCAUUCAAUCUCAUGAAGCCAUUUGGUGCAAAAGAUAAACGUUCCAAGGUGGCUCUCCCUUACUCAGAGCCUCUUAUUCACUUUGCUCUGGUUUGUGGUACCCGAUCUGGGCCUGCCCUAGGAUGCUAUUCUCCAGGGAACAUUGAUAAAGAGUUGAUGGAGGCAGCCCGUAAUUUUUUAAGAAAUGGAGGAAUUGUUAUUGAUUUGAAUGCCAAGGUUGCAUCGGCUAGUAAGAUCCUUAAAUGGUAUAGUGCAGACUUUGGCAAGAAUGAGGUUGAGGUACUGAAGCAUGCGUCAAACUACUUGGAGCCAGCUGACUCAGAAGCGUUACUAGAUUUGUUUGCCAACUCUCAGCUGAAGGUGAUAUAUCAGCCUUACGACUGGAGUUUGAACUGCUAGUGUCAGUUUUAGUAUUAUUACACACCAUAUACCAACUUCAAAUAGCUUCAUGGCUUUAGAAAAAAUAGCGUGAGGGGAGUUUUGAGAAUUUGUUGCUGUUGUUGUUCCAUUACUCUUAUUAUCUUCCACCAAUGGCAUUGGAACAAUAUGGUUGCACUUGCUUGAUGGCUAGGUAAUAAGCCCAAGGAAAGUUCCAUAUUACACCCUUUGAUA